AUGUCUAAAAACCAAAUUCAUAAAUUUUUUAAUCGGAAAUUUUCUAUGUGGAAUAUUACAGACUUCCUACGGGAAUGCGAAUUUGAAGACUUAGGUGAUAAAACGAGUGUUUAUGUUAAAUCUCUUGAAACAAUAGCUAAUACCAGUAAAGGACAAAGGAGAAGUCGGGCAGAGGAGUUACUUGCAAGAUAUAGAGAGUUAAAAAAUAUUGAGAAUUUGGUAGCGUGUGCGGGACCUCGAAGGUCUCGUAUCAUUCAAGCCUCGAAGGCGAGCUACGAAGUUAGCAAUCUCGAAGAUUGUCUUACGUUCAAGGCUCAAAGUCGACCUGGUGGGAUAGAAAUAGGAAGUGAUCGUACAUCUGGCAGUGGAACUUCAAUUAACUUUUACGGAGACUAUUUGAAUAAUGGAACAACAUCAAAUGGAAAUUAUGCAACGAAUACCUCAUGUAUUAAACGCGGGCGAAGUACAAAAGUCAAAGAAAAGGAGGACGAAUCAUCUGCGACAAGAAUGGUUCUCAGAGAAAUGGAUCCUAUAUUUUAUUAUGAAGAAAGUUCAGAGGAAUCGUCGGAUUCUGAUUGUAUUGAAAAGAGAAGAAUAAAAAGGCGAUCUGUUGUUAAACCCCAUUUAAAUGAAAUUGAUGAACAAGUUGACCCUACAGAGUUAUCCAAUACUACACGAGAAACUAUAGAACCAGUAUUAGUAGCUUUGACACAGAAGUCAUCCUCUGAUUCAUCUGAAAAAACAACGAAAAAUGUCUCAACUGAUCUGAAGAGCCAAACAGAAUCUACCAGCGAUUCAAGUGAUACAACAUUAGAAAAUAAGAAUGAUGAAAAUCUUGAACAAUUUGGGACGCCUACAAUUAUUGUACCGAUUAUCAGCACUUCCAAUAAAGAACCGUCACGUUGGCCAUCUCAUGAAAAAUCAUAUCAAAACAUUAUGGAGGAUAGAAAAUGGCGUUUGUCUUCAGGAAGAAAUGUCGAAGACGUACUUUAUGUGUACGCAUCAAAAUUGGAAUAUGAGCAAUCGGCCCAUUCUUUUAUUGUCGAUACAUCUGAUGAUGACAUUAAGAAUCUGUUUACCGAAGAAGAAUGGGAAGAAAUCACGAACGCCAAUAAAAAAGCAGUACCAAGUAUUGACAAGAAUUUGGUGGAACAUUUGCUUAAGUAUAAAAAGAAAACUAUUUCUGAAAUGCGAGCACAUGUCAUGAACCCUUGGCUAACGACAACAUAUAACCCAGAACAACAUUUCAAUUACCAAUACGUACACCUCGUUUUUACUUAUUUGUUGGAUGAAUAUGAAUCACCAAAGAACCGAUUGAUGCAACCACAUACAGAGGGAUGGUAUGCAACCAAUAUUUGGAAACUUGUUCGUGGUGAGAAAUGUAGCAUUGCAUCAAGCAACAGAGUAAACGAUGAUGGGAUGUAUCGGGCCAAAGGGCAAAGGAAGGCGUUUGGACAUAAGAUCGAUGGCAUUUUUCAAAAUACAGUUAAUAGUCACGAGUAUGGGGGAAUCGAAGUCGCAAAAACGUGUCAAGGACCACACGAUAGAAAACAUUUGGGGGAUUCUUUAAAACUCUCGAAACUUUUGAAGGACAUAUUUCAUCAACAAACAAGUUUGGCAAAACGUAAUGAAGAUGUAGUCAAGAAAAUCGAGAUAGUCGGAUUACUGCAUUCACGACUCCAAUUGCAACAGCUUUUAAUGGAUUAUGGGGGCGGUUCCUGUUUACGCCUCAGAAAAGAUGAUACAAGAAGUAUUCCCCUGCAUCUUGGUGACGUAAUGGAGCUUAUCAUUUUGGUCACAAAUAUUUUUCAGGCCAAGUUACGAAUUAAACGUUGUAUCGAAGUAUUAAAAAAUGAACCCGAGAAUGAAACGUUUUUACAAGAAAUUACUCAGCCCCUUUCGCGUCCUGCUACUCCACCCAGAACUGUGCAACUCGCUAAACCCACGACUACUCCAGAAAAA